AUGGGCGUCGCCACCUUCAUCAAGCUCGGCAAGACCGCCAUGGACGGCAAAAAGGCCUACGACAGCUUCGACAGCAACAUGGCCUACGGCGCCGGCAAGAAGGCCGCCACCGCGCCCCUCAAGGCCUGGGAGAACGUGCCGCGCCUCGUCGUCCGCGGCCUGCAGUUCCUCUUCGCCCUCGUCGUCAUCGGCUUCUACGGCCACCGCGUCGACGUCGACCGCCGCACCGAGGGCGCCCGCCAGUCCCCCGAGUGGAUCUACGGCGUCUUCGUCGGCGGCGCCUCGUGCGUCGCGGCCCUGCUGCUCGCGCUCGCGGGCCCGCUGAGCAUCAUCAGCAGCCGGCUGCGCACCUACCGCAUGUUCGCCGCCGACCUGACGCUCUUCCUGCUCUGGAUCGUCGUCUUUGGCAUCUUUGGCGGCAUCUUCCUGCGCCGCACGGACAAGGAGGGCGACUACAAGGGCGCCAGCACGUCGACGCAGCGGCACGUCGUCUGGCUCGACCUCGUCAACGCCCUGCUGUGGCUCGUCAGCGGCGUGUACGGCGCCGUCAAGACGUGCCUGGGGAACAAGGUCGACGGCGUCGGCGACAAGGUCACCGGCAAAGUCACGAGCAAGCUGUUUGGCAGGAAGAAGGAGACCAAGCAGUGGUACGGCCAGGAGCAAGUCUGA